AAAGAGCUAGUACUAUAUAAGCGAAAGAAAGCCCUACUUUACUCUUCUCCUACAUUGAGCGGACGAGUGGGAGAGAGGGCCGAGAAAGUCUUCAGAUAUUCUCUUUCCUCAGAAAUGGUUAAUUUCAGGUUUCACCAGUACCAGGUUGUUGGGAGGGCUCUCCCAACGGAGAACGAUGAGCACCCCAAGAUUUACAGGAUGAAGCUUUGGGCCACCAAUGAGGUUCGGGCCAAGUCCAAGUUCUGGUACUUCUUGAGGAAGCUGAAGAAGGUUAAGAAGAGCAAUGGUCAAGUCCUUGCCAUCAAUGAGAUUUUUGAGAAGAAUCCAACCAAGAUCAAGAAUUAUGGUAUUUGGCUUCGCUAUCAAAGCCGUACUGGCUAUCACAAUAUGUACAAGGAAUACCGUGACACUACUCUGAAUGGAGCUGUUGAACAGAUGUACAACGAGAUGGCUUCUCGCCACAGAGUCAGGUUCCCCUGCAUUCAGAUUAUCAAGACUGCGACCAUCCCAGCUAAGCUAUGCAAGAGGGACAGCACCAAGCAGUUCCACAACUCCAAAAUCAAGUUCCCAUUGGUGUUCAAGAAGGUGAGGCCACCUACCAGGAAGCUGAAGACAACCUACAAGGCAUCAAGGCCCAACUUGUUUAUGUAAUUUCUCUAAUUUAAUAGAGGAGAGAGUUAAAGGUGGUUCUUGUUCUGAAAUUUUUGUUACUGAACGUCUAUCAGUUUGCUGAUCGGAUAUUGUUUUCAUUUGAGACGCCUAGGCUAUCAGACAGGUUGAACUUGGUUUGUUUGGGUUUCAACAUCUUAUUUUGUUUACAU